UUUCUGUGGCAUUUAGGUUUCCCUGCUGAUCUUUGGGUUCAGUUCCUUCUUUCUGCUCGACUAACCAUGCCUUCGUAUGAACAUCAGCCAAAAAAACGCCGUCUGGACACGGACGACGGCGGGACCGGUCCUGCUACUGGUUUCAAGGCACCGUCCCGGUUCAGGCCAGGGGAGCCCAGAGAAUGGACUGUCUCAGUUGCCGUGCCUACCAGCAUCAUCACAGAUUGUGCGACACGCGAGCAAAGGACCACCAUCGUUGGUCGUAUUGCGCGUGCUUUGGCCAUCUUCUCCGUAGAUGAAAUUGUCAUCUUUGACGACAGCCCGGCGGACCAGCGUAACGCAAAUGUUGAUCAGGAUGCAUACACUGGGGAUGUGGAUCCGGCGCACUUCAUGGAGCAUAUCCUAAAUUACCUAGAGACGCCUCCUUUCAUGCGAAAGCUUCUCUUCCCUCUGCAUCCAAAUCUGCGAUCCCUAGGCUUGCUUCCGAAUCUUGAGAUGCCACACCAUCCACACAAGGACGAAUGGCUACCCUACCGGGAAGGGUUGACCCUUGAGGUUCCGCCAAAGGGGAAAAAGGGGACGGUGGUGGAUAUCGGAAUGCCCGAUACCGUGACCAUAACCGAAUCGAUUCCACCAAAGACCCGGGUGACGCUCAGGAUGCCUGAUGACUCAUAUCGGACGCCCGAGCCGGUGCAUCCAGCCAUGCCAAGGACCGAAGCAGGUUACUAUUGGGGUUUCAAUGUGCGCAAAGCCCCAUCACUAUCCAGCGUUUUCACUACCAGCCCUUACGAAGACGGCUACGACAUGAGCAUCGGCACAUCGGAGCGCGGACAGCCCCUGUCAAGAGCGUUUCCUGAUUACCAGCCGGCGAGUUUUACCCACCUCCUGAUCGUUUUUGGCGGGCCACGAGGGCUGGAGUAUGCAGCCAUGAACGAUCCAGAGCUGGGUGAGAUGGGGAUUGCCGGAUCGCGAACGAAGGAGUUGUUCGAUCACUGGGUGAAUGUGUUGCCGAACCAAGGCACCAGGGGUAUCCGGACCGAGGAAGCACUCUUGAUUGCCCUGACCGCACUCAGGAGGUUGUGGGAUAUGAGCUGACAUGACGUCCUCCCUCAUGCCUCUCAAUCGUCGAUAGUUCAGCGUGGCGCUCAUCUUCAAGCAGGCUGGGCUGUUGUGUUGCACCCUAGACUAAUAUUUCACAAACUAUUAAACCCCAUGGGGCUACUGUACUAUCUCGCUGCUUGGUUUCUCACGCUGUUGGAUCCUGGCCAGUGCUGCCCCCCUGGUAUGAACAGCCAUUACCAUGGCAUCGUCCUUCCGUUUUGUGGUUGAAUGGAACGAACCCCGCAAAGGCGCUGCAGUUGGCGGCAUAUGGCUGCACAACCGUCACGAUCCGUCUUAGGUUAUCACGGC